GACUGAAGGAUCGGUCAGAAUCGCGCAACACCAACUUAGUCGGUCGCUUUCGCUCACAAAACAUUCCACCGCCGACACUUGUAGAUCGAUAUUACAAAACUGAAACACUCGACGCUCCAUUUAGAUCAAAGAAAAAUUCAGUGCGCGAAUGCAAUCCGCAAUAAAUUAUUAAAAACAAAAUUGCGCCAUUAAUUUGCAUAGCUAUAGAACCUGUUUGGUGGUUAGUGACGUCACAGUGCAUGCGUUCCCGCGUUCCGAGCGCCAAUCACGCGUCAGUAUCGGCCGGAGUGCGUGCGCGAGCGCGCGUCCCACUUUCAAAUUUAAAAUUCUCGUACGAUUUGACAGCUUGUGUUAUUUGAAAUAGUGUUAAGUUUUAGUGUUUACUUUUUUUGUGGAUUAUAAGUUUUUUGGCGUUACGGAAUUUGCGCUUUACACCAACCAAGAUCACCAACAGAAAACAUAGAAAACCAUCGCCUCAUAGCUAUUGAGAAGAUGUAGUAUUUCAGACAGACAAACUCACACACACACCGACCAGAGAAACUCGCACAUUUGAUGUAACAACAUGUAACAAAAGACGAUCGGGCUAUCAAAGAACGUUCUAGGAGAACGUAGAACGUUCUGGAACAAUCUAGAAUAUUAGGUUUGAUCGUGAAGUGAAGAUGUCGACGAGUAACGAGCUGAGUGACGUAGAGUCGCCGAAGUUGCGGAUGAAGCCGGCUGUCAGCAGGAUAUUCUGUUGCAGUGUUACCGCUGCUUCUGGAUUUGUAGCUGCUUAUGCCCUGGUGGCAUACGCGAUAGCCUUGAUUUACGAGAUCGUGUGGGUGGUGGAGUCACAAAGCGGGCUGCCGCUGGCUUCGGCGCUGCUCAUGGUCUGCUACUGCAUCGUCAUCGCUGCCACCGUGGUGCUGGUACAUGGACUUAUAUCUAAAAACAACAGAUGCCUGCUGGCCUGGCUGAUUGCUGUCAUACUCGUCCUCAUACCAGAAUGUGCUCUAGUCUUUUACAUGUCUAUAAGUCAUUGGGGGUUACAAGGAGUAUACGGUGGUGCAGAGCUGGCGUGCUACGUGGCGCGGCUACCAGCCAUCGUGUGUGGGGUUGUUCUCGUACAAUCAGCGUAUGCUCUGAGAGAAGCCAGGAAAGCCGGUUACACCGCGAACGGGGCCGUGAGUGGGAGCGAGUUCGACGCGAGCCACUUCGUGCCAGACGCCCCUAACGCUUUCACUAACGAUGGCUUCCUGCAAGACAACGGUAAAUCCGGUUCAAUGCCGGACCUCCGCCGUCACCUGGCGAGCCGGCAGUCCAUGAGCAUGGGCUACCCCGCCCACAUGGUCCCGCAGCCGCCCCCCGCCUACUGGCAGCACCUCGCCGACCGACAAUACGCCGCCAGCCUCCGCGGCUACCCAAAAACAUACCAACAACCACAAAUGUACGGCACCUGGGUCGGACCCAGAUCUGGACCUUACGAUAACCCAUACAAGCGAAGGCACUCCAUAGUAGGAGCCUUCGGUUCAGACGAAUACCCACCAAAAGGGUACGAAUACGAGGAGAGAAUGGACUGUAAGAGCGAGAUGGCGUAUCCGUAUUACAGGUCGUAUCCCUACGACCCGAGAGCUUACCCCCCGGACUAUGACCCCCGAUUCUAUCCCGACUACAAACGGGAAGACGCGGCAUAUGGGGUCAACUUGCUCAGACACGAACCUUACCAUUUUAGUGGAUCGAGGGACAGAGUGUAUUACAACGGCUUACGAAACAGCCACACGUCUGUAGGUAAUGAAUCUGAUGAUUUGACCAAGUAUAAGGAUGUUGCACUUUGAGCAAAAAGGUUGUAUUCAUGAUAAUUUAUUUUAUAAGGGUUUACUCACGCAUAUUUAUCGGGACUGCCCGAACAUUGUUAAAGUCGCGGUGAGUUCAACGCUCACGACAAUCCCGAAAUAUAUUACGCGUAAGUUAACCAUUAUUAAAAAAAUCAUUAGAAAGGUAGAAUUUAGAUAUGUCUAAAUUAAUUGUCCUGUUGUAAAAAAUUGGUGCUAUCUAUCUGAAUAGCUGUAUCGUCACAUAACGAACACGUGUUAACGCCCCCUGUUUUACUAUUUCUAUGUAAUGGCUAGCUUUAUUAUCGGUGCCUAUACCUUGAGCUUGUAAUGCAAAAUUGUUGUCAUAAUGGAAGCAAGACAGCGCUCUACAAAGCGCUUAUCGGCGUCUCUCUUUCACAAAGGCUUGAGUUCAUUUUAUACAGCCAUAGUAUUCUCGAGGAUCAUAAUAUAUUAAGUUUAGUUGUACGUUAAUUAAGAAAGUACAUAUUUUUUUAUAUAUCCAGAAAACGA